CCUUUGUUCUCGGUUUCUUUCAUAAAAGCUACUAGCCCUUUAAGAAAAGACAUUUCAAUCUAGGCGUGUUUCCUCCUCCCAUUGAUUAGCAACGAGCCCAGUUCCCAUCUAGUGGGGAGGUAAACCGCUCCCUACGAAAUCUUUUUGUCGCAAUUUGGUUGCAUAUUGAUCUUCAUAAACAAGAUAAUUAACGACGAUGUAAAACAUUUUUGGAAUAAAUAAGCGAAAAAUCAUAAAUGUGCUAGAAGACUCUAAACCACGCUAUUGGACCUGUACAGGACGGCUCAUCGAAAUGGCAUGAAUGUCAACCGGUCAAGGUCCACUCUUUUGAUGCGAGUGUCAAGAUUUACCAACGUGCGUUUACCCGAAUAAAAACCUGCCUUACUCAUCUAGGCAGCGAAACUGUGGUAAAAGCAGAGGUAUUCUGGUAAUGCCAGAAUGGAAGAUUUAUGAGCACCGCCUGAAUUGGCGCAUUGGGAACAACUUUGAUUUAGAAGGAAAUAUGGAUUUCGUUGAUCAUCCAGGACCAGUUAGACUGAAUAGUGUGACUCUAAAGUGCUACAGCAGAAACAAUUGCACAUUUUCUGAACGAGGAUGGAAAUUUGCUAUUUGAAAGCUACGGAAUUUGAUGCCGUGUCGGUUUUACAGCCUUGGCUAUAGGCUAGCGUCUGAUGGUGAAGACAAGAAGCGAUAUUCUACAAGAGCAUAUCAAUCGCAAGGCUCCUUGCAGGGAGGCAUUUCCAUAUAUUUGCGAUAUAUCUGGACCAUUUCGAUUUGCAAUGACUGUCACAAAUUCACUUCUGAUAGACAUUUGAUGAUUGCUGUCAGCAAACAAUUACCCCAGCGAUACAUAACGACUUGCUUUUAAUGUUAAUUGUUUCAUCAUAAUAGACUAGCUCUGAUCAUUGUUCACCAUGUCGGCUGUAAUGAUAGCCAAAAAGAUUACCCGAAAAUGGGAGAAGCUCCCGGGAAAGAACACUUUUUGCUGUGACGGCCGCGUUAUGAUGGCCCGACAGAAAGGCGUGUUUUACCUGACUCUAUUCCUCAUCGUUGGGACCUGCUCCCUGUUCUUUGCUUUUGAGUGUCCUUACCUGGCGGUUCACCUCUCCCCUGCCAUCCCCGUUUUCGCCAUCAUCCUCUUCCUCUUCGUCAUAGCCAUGCUGCUGAGGACCAGCUUCAGCGACCCGGGGGUCUUACCUCGAGCCCUUCCUGAGGAGGCCGCCUUCAUCGAGAUGGAGAUCGAGGCGGCCAAUGGGAACGUCCCCGCGGGACAGCGCCCCCCUCCGCGGAUCAGGAACGUGCAGAUCAACAACCAGAUAGUGAAGCUGAAGUACUGCUACACCUGCAAGAUCUUCCGCCCACCCAGAGCCUCCCACUGCAGCAUUUGUGACAACUGUGUGGACCGCUUCGACCACCACUGUCCCUGGGUGGGGAACUGUGUGGGGAAGAGGAACUACCGCUACUUCUACAUGUUCACACUCUCACUGUCCCUGCUCACCAUCUACAUCUUCGCCUUUGACAUCGUCCAUGUGGUGCUACGCUCCGUGGACUCUGGGUUUGUGAACACGCUGAAGGAGACCCCCGGAACUGUGCUGGAGGUAGUGGUGUGUUUCUUCACCCUCUGGUCCGUGGUCGGGCUGACUGGCUUCCACACCUACCUGAUCUCCCUCAACCAGACCACCAAUGAGGACAUCAAAGGAUCGUGGUCGGGGAAGAACAGGGUGCAGAACCCUUACAGUCACAAGAACAUCCUUAAGAACUGCUGUGAGGUCCUGUGCGGCCCACCCUAUCCCAGUGUGCUGGACAGGAGAGGGAUGAUACCAGAGGACUCGCCAGCUCUGGCCCCAACUGACACUCCCGCCGCCUCCACGGCUGUCAACAAGAGCGUCAACCUUGUGACACAGACCACAAAAACCACGGCACCGCUGAUUCCUAACGAACACACUCCUGACGAUGCGAAGCCCAGCAUCGCCGCUUUGCCCGAGAAGAGCCACUCACCCAAAGAGGAGAAGCCACCGUCCCCUGGCACGCCCCCAAAGUCCCCUGACCCCACGCCCCCAAAGUCCCCUGACCCCACGCCCUCAAAGUCCCCUGACACGCCCUCAAAGUCCCCUGACACGCCCUCAAAGUCCCCCACUGAUGUCAAAUUCCCUGAUGGUUCCAAGGAAAUGAGCCAGAAGUUGUAGGAGAAGCUUAUUGGAGAUUCGUCUCAGAGUUUUUUUUCUCCACUUUGAAAUGCACUGGGCAUUUUUAAGCCUAGACUUAAGCUCAGAUCUCCCUGGUCUAAACCUCAGCCCUGGACCCUGGACUCAAAGUAGGGACUGUGUGUUUUGUGCUGGUUGAGAGGCCUCCUGAGACAUCUUCUGUCGUCCACUGAGCAUGGAUGAAAGCCUCUGCCAAUUUGGGUUCAGCGGACUGUUCCAGGAUCAGAAGAGCCCAGUCUGUGGCGAAGGCUUCAGAACUACUGUCUUUCCUUUUGAACAUUGCAUGAAAAGAAAAAUUAUACAACAAGCGAAUGAUGGGGUAUCGGUGAACUCCCUUUGAAAUGGCUGAUUGUUCUCCAUGAGCUGAUUGUUAACUGCUGGCUGUGUGUGUGUGUGUGUGGUUUUUUUUUUUCUUUUUUAAAUUUUGUAUGGCUUUGAAAUUGCCAUCAGUUGGUGUUUCCUUUUUUUCCAAAUCAACUGAUCUUCCAAUGUGAAUAUCCGCCCUCUGCAAUUGUAUCCAGUGCAAUUGAAAUAGAUAGUGCUCCCCCUGGUGGACAUGUGCAUACACAUCAGAACAUGCUUCAGAAUCAGCUCUCUCCUAUUCUGCUAACAGCACCUGACUGUCCCUAUGCAAUACCUACAGGCACUAGAACUUUUUGGUUGAGAUGGUGGGGCGACACAGCUGUCAAAUAUGUAGAUUUGUCUGAACUGCAAACCUUAAAGUUGCUUAUAGACUUUUGGUGGACUGAUGGCGGGUGACGGCGGGGGUGGUAGACUGAGCAGGAAGAUAAUAUUGACGCUAGGAUCUGUAUGGCAACUCCAUAUGUAUAGAGGUCUUCAAACUCAAAUUAUGCUGCCAAAAUACUGAACUGGAAAAGCAGGCAAAGGGCGUUUCAUGGUUUUUGGGCUCUGAGGUUUAGUACAAUGCCAUCAAAGAAUCUAUAAAGAAGGAUUGGCGAAUGGUGAGUGAAGGGAGAUUAAAUGGCGUCGGACUCUUUCUGGUUCCAUUCAGUAGCAUUUGCACUGAAGGUCCCUUCUCCUAAGAGCUAACCCAUCGCUUCUCUGGUAGCGCUGGGUUGUCAAAAGUCCACUGACUCCUUCCUGAAGUCCACUCAGACGCUGUGUCCUUCCUUGCCCCUGUGUCCUGUUGAGGACACAGCUGGACUGCUGUUGAUCAACUACAAGUAACAGUGCCUUAUCUACAAGCUGCACUAUCAUCUAUCAAUCAAGGCCAUCUGCAGACGAACUCUCCCAGGCUUCACCGACAUGGUACUCUGUCGUAGUUGUACAGUAUGUGGUUUAGGGAUUACUCUGUUUAUUUUUUACUAGUACCAUGGAGAUGUUGAAGUGCACAGACAAGAGGAAUACAAAUGCAAAGCCAUUGUUUAAAUGUAUAUAUUGCAUAUGCUGUGUGUAAGUGCAAAUGUGUUUGAAACUCCUCUAGGUUAUUCGUUUUUAUAGCCUGGUAAAAUGCCUCUGUAAGUCUCCGCUGCACACAUAUUCACCACUUUUUCUUUUGAGGAGGAGGAGGAGGAGGAGGGGGAGAAAGGGAUAUCAGAUAGGUAACUUUGUCCUUAUCUGUGCAUGCUUGACUGUUUUUCAAGGCCACGGUGGAGAGUCAUUUUCAUUCCUGGCAUACCCAGCCUCACGCACUCUCUGCUUUUGCCGUUCAUAUUUUUUUUCUUUUCUCUCUACUCCCCCUUGCGUUUCUCUCUCUUUCUCUCUCUCUCUUUCUCGGCGCUGAGCAGCGGGGGUCUCUCCCACUCGGUGGAUGAAAGCGCGCUCGCUUGAGUUGUGCGCCUCACUAGCCUCUGAAGAUGUGUGUGGUGCUCUCAUUAUCUAGGAGUGAGACAGGAGGCAUCUCGCCCCCCCCCCCGCCCCUUGUUUCCCACCCAUCUGCUCUCUGUUCAUUUCACACUAAGUAGAGACAUGGACAGGAGUGACAGAGUUCAGUGCAACAAGGGAUGUGGUGGGGGUUUGGGGUAGGGUUGGGGGUGGGGGGGGUCGGGUUUGGUUGCUAAGGCAACCCAGAGGUAUGACUGAGAAAAAUGCAUUCCACCGUUGAAAGAGGUGUUUUGAUGUGCAGGAAUUUGAAAGCAGUGUUUGUCUGCAAAGCGUAAUGGCUGUCAUGGCAUAGUAGGACUAGAGCAGUUGUGUUUACUUGUUCUCCUUAGUGGCCAUUGGAUGUGUUGCCGUGUGUAGUUGUCAGCAAGUCCCAGACUUUUGAAGACAAAAGUUUGUUUUAGUUCCCAGAAGCAAAAGUAUUCUUUUAGACUAUUCUUUGGAUAUGUGGUAUGUGAAAGAAUGAGAUAGUGAGGGCAUGUUGUCUAGCCUUUAGUUUUGUUAUUUCUUGCUUGUGUCAAGACAAGGGUAGCAUGUUACUCUCUAUUUCUCUUUCCUUUUCUCUUUCUCUUUCUCCUUCUCUCUCUCUCUCUCUCGCUCUCUCCCCUUGUGGUCUUUUCUGGCUAAAGUAAAUGAGCUGUGAAAGGUUGAGCUGAAUCAGUAUUAUUAUACUUGAAUGUGUGGGCGAGUUCACACUGUAGGUGUUGCUGCUGUCAACGUCUGUCAAACCAUGUCUGUAGAGGGGGAGCCAGCUCCACAACGCUUACAGCAGAACUCACUAAGUUUGGAGCACAUCUGGCCCUGAUUGGUUGCCAGAUACGUUCCCAUUUUGGCCUCCACCAUGGUUGCCAGAUACGUUCCCAUGUUGGCCUUAGUCAUGGUUGCCAGAUACAGUCCCAUGUCAGACUCCAUCAUAGUCGAUUUGAGAGAGUGAUAGUUAUGUGGUAUUAUGUAUACCGUUUCUCGCUCUCUCCAGUAGUCUGAAAAAAAAUAUUAUUUAUGUCCCUGUGUCAUAACUUCAGGUUUAGGUGGAACUCAAGAAUAGAUUUUCAACAGGACGUUGGCCAUUCACUGAAUAUGCCUUGCAGCAGUGUGUUACAGCUCUGGUGUUUUUGGUAUGGUGUCAAAUCGUGGUGUUCUGUGAAGGUGGGCAUAGAGGGAAGGCUGUAGAUUAUGAUACGGGCAUAAUGCACUUACUAAUAUUUCCCCCAGACUUCCCCCAAUUAUUACAUUCAGAGGAUCAUUGUUGUCUAAGGUGUUUAAAUAUUUAAAGGCCUGAUCUUUGAAUUAUUUCCCUGGGUGAUAACAUGCUCAAGAUGUCUCAGUAGUGUGGGAAGGUCGCUUUAUGGUUACAUUUCACGAGAAACAACACCAUUGCUAAUCUUUUACAGCAGUGUUUUUAUUCUUUGUGUUUUCUUAUCCUUGUAGCUACAAUUCUGGCCUUGCCCGCUCAUGAGAUUGGACACUCCGGGGCAAAAAACGUUCAGCAAAAUAUCUGAUAGUGAACAGCUGUACGCUCCAGAUUUAGACUGAUUAUCGGAUCUCAGUUCAACCUCACUGAUCAGGAAGCGACAGGCGUGUUUCUGCUUAACCUGUGGGUACGGAAGAAUUAGGUUUCAGUGGGGCUGAAUCAUGGUUGAUGUUAUUAAUCUUGGCUAAUCUUGUUUUUUUUUUUGUCUAAAUCAGGAUAGACUAAAAUGCCCUGAGGGGGGCCAAAGCAUGCACUCUGAUAUUUGUACUGAAAUGAGUAAAACGUAAAAUGAGAAUGGGAAAUGGGAAAAGUGAAUCUCAUUAUGGUAACAUUAUUCUUUUCUCCAUUAGAUCAGUAGAGACCAAUCCCAAUCUGUUGUGAGCCUGACUCCACGCUGCACAAACAUGAGUAAAUUGUAAAGUUAACAUCUAUCCUGUGUGCAUCAUGACUGAGGGCACAGUGUGCUGGUUUGCUUGAGUAUCAACAGAAGUUCACACUAUCAGCGCUACAUGAGUGAACCUAUAGACUUUCAUAGGUGUUAUAUUACUAUUUUGAUGGACCCUUUAAAAAUCAAGUGUGGAGAGUUGAAAGACAUUUACAUGGGGGAGGAAUUAGUGACAGUACUAUCAGCACUGUCUGUUAGUGUUAGUGUUCAGGAAUUCUUGUUUUCACCUGCAAAGGCGCGUACAUGUUUGGGGUUUAUGUGUGUUCGAUGUUAAUACUUAAAUACAGACCAGAUGUAAGGUUUUUAAACAACCUGGUCUGAAUCUAUACAGUGCAUUAUACAGUAUAUAUAAAUACAUUACAAGGUAUCACAAAUGGAUUCUGUUUAUGUUCACUUUACUUUGUAAUAUCACUGUGAUUUAUGUAUAUUCCCUUAUAUCCUUCACUUCUUUUUACAUGAUGGAUACAUUGGUGUGUAUGUUCAUUAAAUUAUAUAUUGUCUUAUUA